UAUGCAUGAGACAUCGAAAAUGUAUGAAUAUGAAAGCCACUUCACCCCGUAGCGCAGUAUGUGAAAAUAUUCCUGACGGAGACGAUCGUGCAGCAAGUUACGAUUGCCGAAUUAACAGCAUUAGGAUUUUGUUUGAAGUAAAACAAAUUUUUCUUUCGUGAAAACUACCGUACAGAGUGAAUUACUAGUUCCUAGUAGUCGGAAACUCCCGAAAACAAACCAGACAAAAUGGCGAUGUCCAAGACGACCAACACGUACAAUCGUCAGAAUUGGGAAGAUUCGGAAUUUCCCAUUUUAUGCCAAACCUGUCUUGGUGAUAAUCCGUACGUUCGAAUGAUUAAGGAGCGCUACGGAAAGGAAUGCAAAAUAUGCACCCGACCGUUUACUAUUUUCCGCUGGUGUCCCGGUGCUCGGAUGCGAUUCAAAAAGACGGAAAUCUGUCAAACCUGCAGUAAGCUAAAAAACGUCUGCCAAACCUGUUUACUGGAUCUGGAAUACGGUCUGCCGACGCAGGUCCGCGAUGCCGCUCUCAAAAUACAGGAUCGCAUUCCGGAGAGUGAUGUCAACAAAGAGUACUACAUUCAAACGAUCGAAAGUCAGCUUAAGGCAGGAGGAGAUUCUACUGUUGCCGCUGGAACAGUUGGUAAAUCGUUGGCGGCUAGUGACAUUCUGGCUAAGUUGGCACGAACAGCCCCCUACUACAAGCGAAAUCUGCCGCAUAUAUGUUCGUUUUGGGUGAAAGGAGAGUGCAAACGAGGUGAGGAGUGUCCUUACCGGCAUGAUAAACCUGUGGAACCGGACGAUCCACUGUCGGAACAAAACAUCCGAGAUCGUUAUUAUGGACGCAACGAUCCGGUAGCGGACAAACUAAUGAAAAGAGCUGCUUCCAUUCCAAAGCUAGAACCACCGGAGGAUAAAACAAUCACCACGUUGUACGUGGGUAACUUAGGAGAACAUCUAACGGAGGUGGACAUCCGGGACAAUUUCUAUCACUACGGAGAAAUCCGAUCCGUUUCGCUAGUGCCUAGGCAACAGUGUGCCUUUGUACAGUACACCAAAAGAGCUGCGGCUGAGUUGGCUGCGGAAAAAACUUUCAACAAACUAAUUCUCGGCGGCAAGAAGCUCACCAUCAAAUGGGCACACUCUCAGGCCAAAUCGACCGCUUACGCUCAGAGUUCCGUUCCGCGAGGUAACCGCAUAUUCGAUCCGGUUCCGGGUCUACCCGGACAGCUACCGAUGCCGCCGAAUCCAAACGAUUACUUCAACCUACAAGCAUCGGAGAUGGCAGUUCUGCCGGCAGGCAUGAAAAUUCAUCAGCUACCGCCGGGACUGAUUCCUGGUGCCCCGACCGGUGGUUAUUCGCAAAUGUACUCGCAACCGACGGGCGCCGGACCGAGUGGGACGGCUUCGGCUGGCCAUGUGAUGGUUCCACCCGCCGCCAUUGCCAACCCCGGUGGCAUGCAGACGAUGCACUAUCCCAGCCAAGAUCCGGCCCGGUUAGGUGCGCUCAAGAAGUAG